AUGGAUUUACUGUGGAGAAGUCAUGGUCUGAUAUACCUGGAGGGAGAAUUUACAUUUGAGGUGAGUCUCUGGGAAAAUUACAGUGUGCGUAAAGAGACGGUGGGCCUGGGGCAGUGCUGGAGUGGUAUAAAAGCAGGCCCAACUCCUCUCUCAGUCAUUCGCUCCUCUUGCCUCCAUCUCCCAGGGAACGAGGUGCCCCUCCAGACACAAGACAUGUCCUGCUACGACCAGUGCCUGCCACGCCUGCCCUGCCAGCCCUGCGGCCCCACCCCUCUGGGCAGCAGCUGCAACGAGUCCUGCGUCAGGCAGUGCCAGGACUCCAACGUCUUCAUCCAGCCCUCUCCCGUGGUGGUGACCCUGCCCGGACCCAUCCUCAGCUCCUUCCCGCAGAACACCGCCGUGGGCUCCUCCACCUCCGCUGCCGUUGGCAGCAUCCUCAGCUCUGAGGGCGUGCCCAUCUCCUCUGGAGGCUUUGGCCUCUCUGGCAUUGGCAGCGGCAUCUGUGGCAGGCGGUUCUUCCCCUGCUAA